CACACACAUGCAGUGGAAUGAAUAGAGUGCACGUACAUGCAGCCACAAUUAAGCCUAUAAAGUAAUUGCUAUAUAUAUAAUAAACUAUGGCGACAACCCAAGUCAGAGUAAAGAGGCCAUUAAGAAAAGCUCGGAUAUUAAGCAACAAAGUUAGAACUACACUGAUAAAAGCAUCUAAGAAGAAAGAAAUAGAUGUUGUUGUUGGAGGAUCAGUGGCUCAUGGUACAGCAUUACCUGGGCACUUUGACAUAGACCUUACUGUCUUCUCACUAAGUCUACAUCCAAUAAAGCAUACAGUAACAGAACAGACGUAUAAAGACGGUAUGGAACAGAUCAUUCACUGUCUCCAAAGACACUUGACAAAUCACUACAAAAUAAAGGACCCUGAGGAACUGUAUGGAAACCAUGGUCGACGUUUCCAAUGUUGGCACUUCCAAGUGGAUUUAUCACUGAGCCCAAAAUGGGAAAAUCUAGAGGAUAUGUACAAAUAUAUGAAGAUGAACCCAAGCACAAGAAAGUUGUUCUCUACAGGAGUAACAGAGUUUCAUAAUGAUAUCCUGAAGUCACAGCCAGAUAGAGUAAAGGUGCUCAUCAAAAGAUUCAAAGCAUGGAGAAACGAAAUAUGGCUUCCUGACUCACCAAGUGGUGGUUGCCCAAAAUCUAUAUUCCUUUCAUUCCUUGUUAUAAUCUCAUACAACAGUGCACCAGAGUCUUAUAAACAAGCCAGAAGACCGCGAACAUUAGCAAAAUGGAUGACAAAAGAUUUGCAACGUCUUGCCAAUGAAAAAAGUUCAAGUUUGGACCUCCAGGUUCCUGGGCAGAACCCUUUAAUUAUGGAGAAGUACAGCGAUAUCCUUCCCAAACCGCCACGCAUCCUUGAUCCAGCCAAUCCCUUCAAGAACUUUUAUCGACAAGGCCUCGGGGAAGUAGAACCGAGCGGGGGAGAAGACAUUAAAAAACGAUGGGAGAUAUUUGCAAAGAAAAUUAAAACACUUAAUCUUGUGAUGAACAUCACAUAGGUCAUUUAUAUAGUAUUAUGUCAUUUAUAGCCUUACAAGCACAUUAAUAUAUACUGUCUCAAUGCAGCUAUACCUAUACAGUGCCUUUAGUCUAGAGAGUGAUUUUGCUCCUAUUGGUAUAUACAUAAAUGUAAAUAUUUUGUGAUUAGAAA